AAACAACAUAUAACCGUAUACCUCUUCACAAAAGCACUCUUCAUGGAUAUCACAAGUUUUCUCGUACAUAAUAAUCUCUCGGCCCCUCUCUUCGUUCUAUCAACGAUCUUCUUUCUCUUACUAGUUGUCAGACUAGCCAAACCAACACCCUCAAAGAAUCUCCCACCAGGUCCACCAAGGUUGCCAAUCAUCGGAAACCUACAUCAGGUAGGGGAUAGACCUCACGUCUCUACUGCCAAAUUUGCUAACGAAUACGGCCCUCUUAUAUCUCUCCGCUUAGGCAAGCAACUUCUUGUGGUUGCCUCUUCACCRGAUGCAKCCAUGGAAAUUCUUAAAACUCAAGAUCGUUUUCUUUCCUCACGUGUUGUGCCUACUGCAUUUCAACAGGCAUCCCUAAUACCUCACUCCCUCAUUUGGUCAGAGUGCAAUCACACCUGGAAAAACUUAAGAACCCUUUGCCGAACCGAGAUGUUCUCGGCGAAAGCAUUAGAAUCCCAGUCUAGAUUACGGGAUGAAAAAUUAGGCCGGUUGUUGGAUUUCUUGCAUGGAAAGCAAGGACAAGUGAUUAACGUGGAGGAUGUAGUUUUUACUACAUUGUUCAACACUUUGAGUUCCAUCAUCUUUGCAAGAGAUUUCYUUGAUUUGAAAGAUGAACGUGGCAGUCGUGAUGGGUUAAAAGAGUCGCUACAUAAAAUCAUUGAGUAUGGAGGGAUUAUAAAAGACUUGGGUUCUUUUUUCCCAAUAUUUGAGAGAUUUGAUCUUCAAGGAAUAAGAAAAGGAACCAUGAAACAAUAUMAAAAGACAUUUGCUUAUUGGGAGGAUAUCGUAGAGGAAAGAAGAGCUUUGAUCRRUUCUUCAACAUGGUCGUCAGAGCAGGCACAAUCUUUCUUGGAUCGCUUGCUUGAAAAUGGUUUCUCAAACAAUCAGAUAAAUCAGUUGGUUACGGAAUUAUUCGUAGCAGGAACAAAUACAACACACACUUCAGUUGUGUGGGCUCUGACCGAGUUCGUGAGACACAAAGAGGUCAUGUCGAAAAUAGUAGAUGAGAUUAAGAGGGAGAUCAACUCGAAUAAAAUCACUGACUCGCAACUAUCUAACUUACCUUAUCUACAAGCGAGUAUCAAAGAAGCCAUGAGAUUACACCCACCGGUGCCUCUUCUUCUUCCGCAUAUGGCGGCUGAAACUUGUGAGGUUAUGAAUUACACAAUUCCUAAGAACUCCAAAAUAUUUGUCAAUCUUUGGGCGAUGGGCCGAGACCCUAAAGUUUGGGAUGACCCAUUAUCUUUUAAACCCGAAAGAUUUAUGGACUCGAAAUUGGAUUUGAAAGGUCAAGACUUUGAGUUAUUACCAUUUGGUUCGGGGAGAAGGAUGUGUCCAGGAAUGCCCUCAGGYAUCAAAAGUGUUCAACUUGUAUUGGCAUCUUUGAUUCAUGAGUUCGACUUGAUUCUUCCAAAUGAUGUUGAUCCUAUGAAGCUCAACAUGAAUGACAAAUUCGGGAUUGCUUUGAAAAUGGAGGAACCUUUGAAGCUAAUMUUCAAACAAAAAAGAGAGCCUCAAURUGCUUAAUUCGUAUUGGAUUUCCUGUCAUAUAUUUGUAUCUAAAAGUUAAUCRAUGAAUUCAUGCUUAUUUCAUAUGUAAUUCAA